AUCGACAGAACACCACGUAUCUUCUGCAACAGCAUAUACUCAGAUCUGCCACUCUUACCACAUAUUCUAGAGCUUCUGCUCGAUCCAAUAACGUCAUGGCAAACCCCAAAUUCAACUCCAAGUCCCCCACCAUAAAACGAAUUCUCCGCGAAGCCUCCGAACUCUCCAACUCCCCAUCUGCAGACUACCAAGCUGCGCCCGCCUCUGAUGCGGACCUCUUCGACUGGCACUUCACCAUCCGCGGGCCUCCCAACUCCUCGUUCGGCAAAGGAAUAUACCACGGCCGAAUCGUCUUGCCUCCAACCUACCCCCUGCGCCCGCCAUCCUUCCGCUUCCUGACACCGAGUGGACGAUUCGAAGUCAAUCGCGAGAUAUGCCUUUCAAUAAGCGGACAUCAUGAAGAGACGUGGCAGCCUGCCUGGGGUGUUCGGACAGCAUUGGUGGCGCUGAGAGCAUUCAUGGAGACGGACGCCAAAGGACAAUUGGGGGGGUUGGAAUGCCCUGUCAAGGAACGAGAGAGGAUGGCGGAAGCUAGUUCAUUGUGGAGAUGUGCGAGCUGUGGGAAAAGCAAUGUGGAUAUCAUGAAGGAAUGUGCAGAGGCUGUAAAGGAGAAGGGAGAAGAGAAAGAGGUCGUUGUGCCGAGUGACUUGAAGAUGGGAUGGAAGGAUGAGAUGAACAGUGUGGAAACUAAGCACCCAGCCGCCGAGGGAAGAAAUAUCAAGAUAUUGAGAUCGAAGGAAGUAGAGGAGGCGGAACUUGCGGAGGGUUUUGUGCGUACAACGGGGAAUGAUGGCCCGAGUGAUUAUCCUGCUGCAAGACCCGCUCAGGGUGUUACUCAACCUACGGGAUCGGCGACAGCGAGGGUACAGCCAGUUAUUACUCAGAGGAUACAGCCGCAGAUGGCACAGAGGUCGAAUGAUGGCGUGCCGAUAUGGAUUGAUAGGAUGAUUGCGGCGAUCUGUGUGCUUUUGGUGGCCAUGGUGUUGAAGGUUCUUCUGGGAUUUUAGCAUACAGGAUUGUAUUGGGAAAGGAACUUGGUUUGGCGUUGGUGGUAAGGAUAAAUUGAUACCAACUGAUACUUUUCUCGAAAGAUUACGGCCUACUUAAAGUGUGGGUUUGAGAGUCUAUGUGUUCUGAGCUUCGAUUGAGGCUAGAAUCCGUUGCUCCAUUCUGUGGGGAUAUACGAUUUUGGGAUUUUGACUAAGUGUUCAUUGUUC